AUGGCCGCCAGACGCUUGCUGGAGCAAGCUCUUCCAGGUGCCCUGGGCGGGGAAGAACGCUCCGUGCCUUCAUCCGGCCAGGAGGUGGAAGUGAAGCUCCUGCCGCGCAAGACGCCAGGUGAAAGCUUGGAGAACAAGGUGCUCCUGGCGCCCCGGAGCGCACCGCUCGAGCGCCGCAAGGUGGAGCCUCCUGUUUCACUCCUUCAACGUGGCCUCAGGGACUUGGUCGCACAACCGCCGGUCCCGCCCACCGUGCGGCUGAAGGACAGGGCCCUCCAGACUCGAACGGAUCAAUUGAUCGAAGGAGAGACGCGUGCCAUCAGAGACCUCCUCACCAGUCGGGGUGCGCUUACAGGCGCGGCGCGAUGCGCCCACUCUUCACGCCCGGCGCGUCAUCGAGGAGCCCAGUGCUUCGGACGAGGUCGAGGAGGAGCGAGACGCGGAUCCUGUGGACUUCGACGACGAGGAGGACUCGCGAAGGUCGGAGGUGCUCCUUGCAGCCUCGGGGUCUCCCAGCCAGUCUCGGAGGCCACGGCCGAGUAUGACCGAAGCCAGGCUCUCCCAGCCCUGCCCAGCCACGUGCUGCGCGCCGUGGAUCGGCUUUACCAGGCCCAGCUGCAAAAAGCGCAGGGCGAGCGUGAGCGGCUGGAGCGGGGGAAAGGAGCGAAAAACUUCACACGAUGGAACAAGCAGGAGCUCUACCUGAAUGAGGACAGCCGUGAGCGGGCCAAAGAUGCCAGCCAUCGGCACUUGCAGCGGCACCCGGAACUCUGGACCUUGCGCUCGACGGAGCUGUUUGAAGUGGUUGCCUUGCAGCAUCUCCUGGAGAUCGACCUCGAGGACCUGUCCCUGCCGCCUGAGGAGCGCCGCUCCGAAGACACCUUCACAGGGAAGGACUUGGCGGUGUGCGAGCAGCUGCUGUUGGAUGCGCCCAGGGAGCUUUUUGUCAUCGACGGGGUGGAAUUCGACUUCGCGCGCGAGUGCGCCGGGGCCCACCGCCGUGUUGGAGGUGAUGGCUUGGAAGUCCUGAAGAGGGACUUUGGAGACCGCCUCGUAGCCCAGCUGCGGAUCACGCUGGGCGGGUCCACCGUGAAGCUGAUGCGCGCGGUGACCUGUGCCUUGUCGCAAUCGGGGCUCGCGCACCUGGAGCAGGCCUGUGCUCCAACACUCCAAGUGGCAGUCAGUGGCGGCGAGCAAGAGGUCCGGUUUGAGCUGAGCUCGCACGAAGUGGGUGGCCCCUGGGAUUUGCGGCUCUUCCUGCGAAAGGCGAGCUUCAAGCAGUGCAUUGUUUAUUCACCGCCGCAAGAUGAGGAGUCCAGCCCUAAAGCCUGCAGCCCUUCCUCUUUCUUUUUGAAGUCCUGCCGCGUGCGCUACUCGGUGGUUGGAGAAGAGGUACAAGUAGAUGUGCUGAGCAUCAAUCAGGAGCACCAGCUGCUCAAUUUGGAUGGCAGCCCUUUGCUGAAGCACACCUCCACCUGCACCGUUUUGUUCUCCUCACCAUCGAGCUGUCGGCCACAUCGAGUCCGCGCGGAUCUGACUGGGACGUUUCACAAGGGUGAAUGA